AUGUAGCCAAAGUGUCAACAGUUUGUGUUUUAUAAACAUUUAAUUUUGGGGAAAAAGUGUGUAUUCUAGGCCUAGUUCGCAAUGUCGACGAUUUCCUCACCGUCGGUCGAACUCAGUUCGUACCGCGACCAGCAUUUUAAGGGCACAAGAGCUGAACAGGACCGCUUGUUGCGCUUAUCGACCACACUGUACGUCGGAAACUUAUCAUUUUACACCACUGAGGAGCAAAUAUACGAAUUGUUUUCAAAAUGCGGCGACAUUCGGCGGGUGGUCAUGGGCCUAGAUAAGUAUAAAAAGACGCCUUGUGGCUUCUGUUUCGUCGAAUAUUACAACAGACAAGACGCGGAAAAUUGUCUAAGGUAUAUUAACGGGACCCGCUUGGACGACAGAAUUGUGCGAACCGACUGGGACGCGGGCUUUGUCGAAGGCCGACAGUACGGCCGUGGGAAGACCGGGGGCCAAGUGCGCGACGAGUACAGAACUGACUACGACUCAGGCCGCGGGGGCUACGGACAACAUCUGAAAAUGGCGAGGGCUUUUAAAGAACAAGGGCCGCUUCAGUACAGACAAAAGGAAAACUUUAAGGAUGUGGAUAAGGAAUUAAAGACGAUGGUCCCGGCUAGAGAGUAACAUUUAGGAUAGUUAUUAAGCCUUACUUUUGUAUUACAUUCGGAUAAUCAUUGUUUUUUCUUGUUUUUAUUACGAUUAUUUAAGCCCGUAUUCAACUAUAAAUAAACGGAAUAAACGUUUUCA